AUGUUUGGUACAAAACCCCCGGUGCCCUAUGUCACAAGGCUAUCGACAGAGAGAUGGAACCAAGGAUACUCUGUGAAAACCAAUGGCCGACACUGCGAGAGAUGGAACCAAGGAUACUCUGGGAAAACCAAUGGCCGACACUGCGAGAGAUGGAACCAAGGAUACUCUGGGAAAACAAAUGGCCGACACUGCGAGAGAUGGAACCAAGGAUACUCUGGGAAAACCAAUGGCCGACACUGCGAGAGAUGGAACCAAGGAUACUCUGGGAAAACCAAUGGCCGACACUGCGAGAGAUGGAACCAAGGAUACUCUGGGAAAACCAAUGGCCGACACUGCGAGAGAUGGAACCAAGGAUACUCUGGGAAAACAAAUGGCCGCCACUGCGAGAGAUGGAACCAAGGAUACUCUGGGAAAACAAAUGGCCGCCACUGCGAGAGAUGGAACCAAGGAUACUCUGGGAAAACCAAUGGCCGACACUGCGAGAGAUGGAACCAAGGAUACUCUGGGAAAACCAAUGGCCGACACUGCGAGAGAUGGUACCAAGGAUACUCUGGGAAAACCAAUGGCCGACACUGCGAGAGAUGGAACCAAGGAUACUCUGGGAAAACCAAUGGCCGACACUGCGAGAGAUGGAACCAAGGAUACUCUGGGAAAACAAAGGGCCGACACUGCGAGAGAUGGAACCAAGGAUACUCUGGGAAAACAAAUGGCCGACACUGCGAGAGAUGGAACCAAGGAUACUCUGGGAAAACCAAUGGCCGACACUGCGAGAGAUGGAACCAAGGAUACUCUGGGAAAACAAAUGGCCGACACUGCGAGAGAUGGAACCAAGGAUACUCUGGGAAAACAAAUGGCCGCCACUGCGAGAGAUGGAACCAAGGAUACUCUGGGAAAACAAAUGGCCGCCACUGCGAGAGAUGGAACCAAGGAUACUCUGGGAAAACAAAUGGCCGCCACUGCGAGAGAUGGAACCAAGGAUACUCUGGGAAAACCAAUGGCCGACACUGCUAUCACAAUGGCUAG